GGCCAGUAUGUGGCUGUGAGCGUGCGAGAUCAAUGAUACAGUGGUGUAGUGUGGCCAACAGGCAUAGUCAUGCCAACAUCGCCUCGUGCGGGCAAGCAAUGGAACCGUUCCAUGUCAUUCUCUUCUUUAUGGAAGGCGGAGAGGAAGAUUCGUCAUGCGGCGUACAGGAUGAUCAGAGGAACGGACGGAUUAAGACAGAGCUCCGACACCUGGACUUACACGUCGUGGCUGAAAGUGAACUCAUCCCCUUUAGAGGUGCAGCAGUCGUCUCUUCUUUACCGAACUAACUCGACCGUCUCCUUAAACGAAACAGAUAACGAAAACCCAGUUAAUCUUCGUGAAUUAUACAGCGUCUUCAUUCCCGUAAUGUUGACAGGUUGUGUCUUAUCUCUUUUAGUUAAUCUUGUGAUUUUAGUAUGCGUCAGAUAUGUCAGACGUCCUCUAAAACCCACUCUGUGUUUUAGCAUCAGUUUAUCGAUAACUAAUGCUUAUGCAAUGACUGUUUUGGCUAUUGGUUUAAUAGUUAACAGCUUACUCCCCACCGUCUACGGCUGGAAAAUGGAACCGUUUUAUAACUGUUAUUUUCUGGCUCUGGAGGCGUUUCGAAUGGGAGGUUUGAUAGCUUCCGUGCUGCAUCUGUUAGCAUUAGCUGUUAACCACUACAUCGGGAUACUACGCCCCUUACAUUACGCAGCUACGGUUACCAGAGGGGCCGCCAGAAUGACUAUAAUUGCCAUUUGGAUAAUCCCACUGCUCUUCUUUUUCAUAUACUUCUCGAGUGUACCAGCAGAAGGUUUUCAAGCCCUCAAUUGUUUAAAGGUCGAUUUCUUAUUCGCUAGUACAUACCGUCUGACAGUGUCAUUGUUAUUCUUCAUGCCUCUUUUAAUGAUGACUUUUAUGUACAUCCAUAUUUUUUUAGCCUUUCGUAAACAAAAAUCCAGUUUUAUCAAUUAUCCCACAGCUACCAAACUACACAAAAACGUUAAGGCGGUCAUAACGACCUUGUUCAUUCUCGGUACUUACCUGAUAGGCUGGAUGCCGGCUGUUAUGUUCUUUGCACUCACUUGUAACGAUUGUCCCGUGCCUCUAUUGAAUAUACCCGAAAAUGUGCGUGUGACUAUAAGUAUUUUUAACAACUCUAUGAUCGUAGUUAAAUCGUUUAUCGAUCCAAUUAUAUACGUCAUUCGAAUGCCAGAAAUUAAGGAAGCUUUGAAGUCUAUGUGGAGGGCACCUUGCAGUUUCGAAAGGGAGGAAGUAAGCAGAGUCGACUUAGGCCAAUUUUCUCGCACACAAAAGAAUUCAAUUUCAAUUAUGUCUUGUCAUAAUCGCAAGACCGAACAGAAUGGAAACAGGAAUCUAACCAUGUGAUCUUCAACCAAAACCCAAGAAGGUUAUGGAAAAUCAAAAAAGAACUAUCAGGAAAUUCCUUAACGCAUCUCUUCCCAUUUCCAUCCAUCUGCUCG